UGGUUAUUCGGUAUUUCAUCAUUUUUAAAUUUUAAACACACGAAAAAUGAAAAUGUGAUAGCGGUUUAUAACUAUCAUAAUAUGUUUUGUCACUGCUGAAAUCAAAUAGCGAGAUAUAAUCAAAUGCUUUAAAUCUGGAUGAAUAUAACGCUAUGUUGGCCGCCACCAACCCACAAGUGUUCAUACCAUUUGGGCGGCAACAUGUGAAAAACCGAUUCAUUGGCGAGGUAACUACUCCAUCAGUUGGUUACUAUGAUCGGCCAGAACUUCAUUCCGAUGACUUUUUAUUAAAGAAAAAAAAAUCCAAAUCUUUGAAAUUGGAAGAAUUGGACAAUCAAAGAAAAGAAAAUUUUGUUCUAAGAGAAAAAGAUGGCGCUGAAGAAGAAUUAUACGUGAAUGGUAAAAUAGUGGUACAUAGUAGAGGAAAUGCUAUUAAAUCUAUUGCAGAUAAAGAUGAUUAUGCAACAAGUAGCAGAUCACUUAUUAGUACCUAUACAUUGGAGACUAAUAUUAGUCAUGCAUUAUGGAGUAAAUUUAAUAUAUCUCCAGAAGAUAAAUUGAAUGAAAAAGAAUCCAGAGAAAAACUUGUGCCAUGUAUAUGUGUAAUUGAUGCAAAAAAAAUUAGUUUAUUUUCUGAAGAAGGAGAUGUUUGGCAUACGCCACUCUAUUUUAAAGUGACGUCAGUUUGGAAUACAAGUUUUGGUAUAUUAAUAGAAAGAGAUUCAGGAAAUGUAUCUAUUGAUAUGACUGGAAAAUCAUUACCAUUGCCUACAAUAUAUUCUUUGAGCAAACCUUUAAAAGAAGUUUUACCUUUGUUUUUAUUAAAACAAGGAAGUGUAUUGCAAUAUGCUAGAGAUUGUUUAACAACUAUUGUCUUUACUAGUUCUGAACUGAAUAUCUGUAUGAUGUAUGACAUUAUAAGUGGUUUACACAGUGUAUGGAAAAUUAGAAAACCAACAAAUGAAGAAUUUAAUAUUAUGUGUGGUCAAGAUUCAAUAUGUUCUACUGCAACAAACCCAUCAUACAUUCCUAGCAACAGUAAUCAAGUUCAUGUUUUAUCAAAUUCAUUAGUUGCUGGGUCUGGAUUUCUAGCAGAUAGGGUAUCUCAUGGUCAUCCUGUAAAUUCAAGUCCGUUCACUUUUAACAGUAGACGUAGUACACCUAACAUAAUGUCACCAUUUAAUACGUUAAGUCCUAUGACUGGAGUCAGCCAUUAUAACUCACUAAUUUGGAAUAGUCCUUCAAAUACAUCCAGAAGGAGCUGGCGCCCAAAUGCUACAAUAACAGCUAAUAGCCAAACAUACAACACUCCAUCAUCUAUGUCUCGCAUAGUAAAUGCUAGACUUGGCCAUGGUAGUAUGUAUAUUGCAGACAAUAACUCAAAGCCUGUUAGUCCCGAUAUUUGUUUAGAAUACAUGUGGACCGAAAACCAGGGCACAAAUGGAAAUCAAGAAAUGAGUGCUGCUACAAAAGUAUUUGUUGCCUCUAAUUUUGUUAAACAACAUUUUCUGUGUUAUCUUAUAACUUCUAAAAACCAGUUGAUGUUAGUUGAAUUGAAUGGUCUUGAAAAUAAUGAUAUUAUAUUAGGAAAUUCAACAGCUAUAUCUGCUAAAGAUGCUGAAUACCUUCCAUUAUUAAAUUUAACUGUGAUAAUGGAUUGUCAAAAUAGUGUAACAUUGUAUUCUGGUAUAUCAAUUAUUGGAUCUGUUCAGUUGGGAAGUAUGGCUUCAGUAUUUGAUGAGAAUACUUCAUAUUUUACAGCAACCAAUCGAUCGGCAGCUGAAACCCCUCUUGUAAGUCGGAAAAGUUUACUGUCAUCAACAAGAAAUGAAGAUAUGCAAACUAACCUAAAUAUGAAUCAUUUCAUUUCAUAUUGUGAAAAUGAAACACAAUUCAUGAUACCUAGUGAAACACCUUAUUCAGAAUCGGCUAUUAAUUCAUUCAAAUCAAAAGUAGAUAUUAAAGGUUUAAGAGAUCCAAUAGGAUCACGUAUUACAUUGAUACAUCUUGAUGGAAGUAUGAUUCGAGUUGAAUUUCCAAUCAUAAGUUCUUCUCCAUUAGUUACCAAAUGUUUAAACGCUUUGAAAACUAUUCUUAAAAAAUCUGUUGUUAUGGAUUUAAUGACAAAAUGGUACACAGUAAGAAAUGCUCCAGGAACACAAAAAAUAUCAAGUAGAGAGGAAUGGAACCUGUUUCUCCAGAUGAUGCUUAGAUUACUAGGGUAUAAUUUGGAAGCAUUAUCAUUAACUCAAGAAUCAUUAAACACAAAUAAUGAUACUCCAGCUAAAUCAAAAAAACAGAGAAUCUUGGAUGUUGGCAGUGAUGAAGAUUGGACUUAUAUGCUUAAAUCACCAUUUAGUCUCACUCAGGGAAACAAAAUAGCAGUUACAUUGGGAUUAAAAAAUACGUUUAAGAAUUUUCAAUUGAAUGAGAAUUCCUUCGCCAAUAUUAAUAUUGAUACUAAUGCUCUACUUUUUCCAUACAUCUAUGACAUCAUAUUUUCACUACAUUUAGUAUAUGAAGAUCUUAAACUUAACACAAUGAAAGCUGACUCAUUGCCAAUGAUUGUAAAAUUUUUACAUCAAUUGGCCACUGACUUAAAAUUAGAGGAAUAUGUAUAUCAUUAUUGGAAGGAUUUUCCCCUACUUUGUUACAGAAACAAAUUAUUUAAUGGAUUCAGUCAGAUAAGUGAUAUGGACCUUAAAAUACUUAACCUGCCAACAUACUUUAAAAAAAAGCCCCCUAAUAUUUUUAGACUGUGUUACUUGUUGAUGAAAUAUUACAAAGCUGACCCAUAUCCUUGUAUUCACAAUAUAAAUAAAAGAUCAAUGAAUAUAAUUCAGAUAUAUGGUUUAUUAUGUUUAAAGAAAAAAUCUCAUUUAGAGGCUCUGAUUAACUUUAUAAAUCCUAUAGGCCUAACUUUAUACAAUCAAAACACAGUUACAUUAGACAAAAUGAAUAUGAAAUGUACAGUAUCGAAGUGUUACCAAGCUACUUUAUUUAUGUCUAAAAUUGGAAUCAAUCAACAAACUUUAUUAACUUUUCCAACUGGCAUUGCAAUAUUAUUAUAUGAAAUUAUCGAUAAAUGUAGAGAAAAUCCACCAACAAAUUGGCCAAAACCUGCUUACGACCUAAUUAUGCGUGAAGAUUUGGCAUCUCAAACAUCAAACCAGUUGACUAAUAACGAUAAGAAAAAACACAUUAACAUUGAAAAAUUAAUAGAUUUCAGUGAUAUUAAUGAAGGUGAAAGUGGUGAUAUUAAAGAUGGCAUGGAAAACCUCGAUGACGAAGUUAUGAAACUUUUGUGGAACAAAGAUCAUCGUUUAACUGAUGUGAGAAAUUUUCUGCAGUCCUGUCAUCCUGUGACUAUUGGUAUCAAACAACCUCCAGAAGCUAGUGAUCAUGAUUUCAUUGAAGAGCAAGAAAAAUAUUUAUAUUCAAUAUGCUCAAGAACAAUGGCUUUACCUAUUGGGCGAGGUAUGUUUACUAUGAGAUCUAUUCAACCCGUUGUUACUGAACCUCUUCCGUUGCCAAAACUUUGCUUGUCUGGAAGAACUCCCCGCGGAGCCGCUGUUGAACUCAGUCAUAUUGAUGUUGUUCCCAAUAUGAACCUUUGGCCAUUAUUUCACAAUGGUGUAGCUGCAGGUCUACGUAUUAUGCCCUCAGCUGAUAAUAUUGAUUCUACUUGGAUUCUAUAUAACAAACCAAGAAGUGGAGCUGAUGCAUUACCAGAACAUGCUGGAUUUCUUAUGGCACUUGGUUUAAAUGGCCAUAUUACCAACUUAGCUACGAUGAAUACUUAUGAUUACUUAAGCAGGCCACAUGAAAUGAUAAGUAUAGCUCUACUCAUCGGAUUAGCAGCAGCCAAAAGAGGAACUAUGGACACAGAAUUAACGCGUAUGCUGUGUAUUUUCAUUGAAUCGUUGCUGCCUCCUACCACUAUUGAGUUGGAUACAAGUCAAAAUCUUCAAAUAGCAGCGUUAUUGAGUAUUGGUCUCUUAUACCAAAAGACUGCCCAUCGACACAUAGCAGAGGCUCUUUUGUCUGAAAUUGGCCGCCCACCUGGACCAGAAAUGGAUAAUAGUAUUGAUAGAGAAUCAUACUCCUUAGCUGCUUCACUUGGUCUUGGUUUAGUUGUUUUAGGAAAAGGAUCCGAUGUAGUUGGUCUUAGUGAUUUAUCUAUUGCCGAUAUGUUACAUUAUUAUAUGGUAGGAGGACAUAAGAAACCUUUAACUGGAGCACAAAAAGAUAAGUAUAUUAACCCAAGCUAUCAAAUCAAAGAAGGUGAGAUGGUAAAUGUUGAUGUUACUUCAAGAGGAGCUACAUUAGCAUUAGGAAUGAUGUACUUUAAAACAGGCAAUUUAGCCAUAGCAAAUUGGAUGAGUAUACCUGAUUCACCAUACUUAUUAGAUUUCAUUAAUCCUGAAUUUAUAUUGCUAAAAAUGUUAGCUAGAGGCUUAAUCAUGUGGGAUAGUAUUAUGCCAACCAAAAAGUGGAUUGAACAAUUUGUACCUCAAUCUAUUCAACAAUAUUGUUUGGUGAAACCAAAGCCAGGGAUGGCCAAUCCUGAUUUAGAAACUAUUAAUCAAACCUAUUGCAACAUUGUAGCUGGUUGUAGUAUGGCAAUGGGCUUACGUUUUGCAGGAACUGCUAAUGAAGAAGCUUUUAAGACACUUUUAUCAUACUGUCAGAUGUUCAUAUCAUUAUGUAGCAAAUCAGUUGCCGAACUUUGUGGUAAAUCAACCAUCGAAACAUGCAUCAAUGUUACUCUCUUAUCGUUAUCCAUGGUGAUGGCUGGUACAGGAGAUUUAGAAGUAUUGCGGAUAUGUAGAUACUUAAGAUCAAGAGUAAGUGCUUCACCGCUUAGUGUUAUUACUUAUGGAUCCCACCUAGCUACACACAUGGCAUUAGGAUUAUUGUUUUUGGGUGGGGGAAAGUUCACUCUGUCUACAUCCCCAGAAUCCAUAGCUGCACUCAUCAUAGCAUUUUAUCCGCAAUUUCCAACCCACAGUAAUGACAAUAGGUACCACUUACAGGCUUUUCGUCAUCUUUAUACACUAGCUGCUGAACCUAGAAUACUAAUACCUAGAGAUAUAGAUUCUGGUGAUUUAUGUUAUGUUCAUUUAAAAGUUGUUUUCCUUGAUACUAAAUAUUAUAAAAAUCAAUUUUAUACCAUCAAAGCUCCAUGUUUAUUACCUGAAUUAUCUUUAUUAAAAGAAGUGCGUGUUGAAGAUGAAAGAUAUUGGUCAAUAAUAUUUGAACGUGGACGUAACUGGGAUACACUUAAGAACAUGUUAAAUAAUGUAAAUAGUUUGAAAGUUAAACACAAAGCUGGUCAUUUAUCAUACACGGAAGACCCAAAUGGUUAUAAAUCAUUAAUGGCUCAAUCUCAUAGUUCAAAUAAUUUUACCUCUUGGUCAGUUUCUCCUGAAAUGAUUUUUGGAUUUUCAUCAGAUCCAAAAAUAAUUCAAAUGGUUCGUUACUUUUUGAAUUUGCCUAAGGAUGGGAAAAAUAAUUUACAAAACAAAUCAGUUAUACGACAGUAUGCUCAGAUAUUGUUUAAUUCUGUUAUUCAUGAUAAAGUUUUUUUAUUACCUCAAUGGAUGUCAAUAAUCAAAACCCUUAACACAUUUCCUAACCCGCCAACUAGUUACUGUUGUUGGCAAUUGAAAUUAUUUGUGGAGUCAUCAUUUACAACUGCAUGUCGUGAACACCGAUCAAAUAAUAGGCCAAAAUUAAUAUCUUCUCUAAUAGCCAUGUCAAUAGAAAAUACCUGUGAAUCUACUAUUGCAGAUUGGGAAACAGAUAAUGAAAAUAUACUAAAAGCCUGUUGGGACACAGAUAAAAUUAAUGAUUCAAAAUUAGAAUUAAUUAAAAGUGCUUAUUGUACAUUAUUGGAUAUUCCCCAUAAAUCACAAGUACCGGAUUUAAAGUGCUCAUCUCCUCUGGAAAUGUAUAUUACCGUAAAGAAUUUACCACUACCUGCAGAAACUAUUAGUAAAUUAUACUUUAAAUAAUUAUUAUUUGUGUAAAUAAUUAUAGUGUGUAUGUAUUUUAUUAUUAACUAAAUAAUAAUUUAUAAUUGCAUAGACCUUAGACUAUUUCUAGUAUAUAGUAAUCAAAUUAAGUGUUCCCAUCAAAUUAAUUUUUGAAUGUCGGCUCAAAGAAUUCACAACAAUUAAUGUAUUAAAUAAUAUAAAAAUUA